AUGGCGUCUUCUGCCUCUUCUCGUACUUCAGCUGGGAAGCGAGUGGUUAAUCAGGACGAACUGCGGCGGUUGAUGAAGGAGAAACAGCGUUUGAGCACCAAUCGGAAACGGAUAGAAUCCCCAUUCGCGAAAUAUAACCGUUUGGGACAACUGAGUUGUGCCCUAUGUAACACCUCGGUUAAGAGCGAGCUUCUUUGGCAGACUCACGUCCUGGGAAAGCAGCACCGAGAGAAGGUGGCCGAGCUGAAAGGCGCGAAGGAAGCCCCUCAGGGAUUGUCUGCCAGUGCAGAGCCUCAGGCCGCCAAGAGGAAGGCACCGGACGCAGAGAGUCAAGAUGCUAAGAGACCGAAGGCCUCCGCCGUGCCUCAGGUACAGCCCUCCACUUCCGCUAUGCCCACCAACUUUGAUAAAACAGAGUCCACUAAAGCGACCCCCAGUAAGGUCACAAGACUCGGUUUACUUACUGAUUAUGAAGAUGAAGAGGAGGAGGGGGAAGAGGAGGGAGGGGAAGAUAAAAAGGACAACAGGGUGCUGCUGGACGCCCAAAGCAAAGAGCCUUCGCUACCCUCCUCGCAGGAGGCCACAAACAGUGUGCUGCCAGACCAUUUCUUUGAUACAAAUCCGCCCAAAGCCCCCUUAAUCCCUCAUUCCGGGUCAAUUGAGAAAGCAGAAAUACAUGAAAAAGUGGUGGAAAGGAGAGAAAACACUGCGGAAGCAUUACCGGAAGGCUUUUUCGACGACCCCGAAGUAGAUGCGAGGGUACGGAAGGUGGAUGCCCCAAAGGAUCAGAUGGACAAAGAGUGGGACGAGUUUCAGAAAGCCAUGAGACAGGUCAACACAAUUUCCGAAGCCAUAGUUGCUGAAGAGGAUGAGGAGGGACGGCUGGACCGGCAGAUUGGGGAGAUCGACGAGCAGAUCGAGUGUUACCGUCGAGUGGAAAAGCUGCGGAAUCGCCAAGAUGAAAUAAAAAAUAAACUCAGAGAGGUUCUGACCAUAAAAGAGCUGCAGAAAAAGGAAGAGGAGAAUGCUGACAGCGACGAUGAGGGAGAACUGCAAGACUUGUUGUCUCAGGAUUGGAGAGUGAAAGGGGCUUUGUUAUAG